CAAAUCAGAUUCAUCAUUUUUAUGAAUAAUCUAAGCAAACAUCGGGUUACUGUUUAAUACAGAAUUUUAAAAAUUUUUGUAUAUCCCUAAAUUUAUUUGUCUGAGAAGCCAGCGAAAAGCGGCGAAAGGUGAUGGAGAGAUUGGCAAGUAACUUGAUAAGCGAAGAGAUUUUGGGGAGGUUGGAUUUGGAGACGCUUUGCACGGCGGCUUGCGUGAGCGGAGCCCUGCGCUUCUCCGUCGACUACCAAGUCCUUCCCUUUCUUUCUUCCCUCGAUUUCCCACCAUCUCUCAAUCCGGAUUCAAACGCUCUUUUUAAUAUCCUCAGUCGCUGCACCAGAGGAGGAACCCUUAAACUUAGCACGCUGACCCUCAAUUGUCGGCGCCUCCAAGAUUCUUGCCUCACCCUUUUCUUAGGUGAACAACUCCAGCAACUCAGUUUAUUUUUCUGCUCCUAUCUCUCAUAUGGGUUUCUUGCUUCCAUAGGAGAAAAAUGCCCCUUUCUCAGGGUGCUAAUGCUAGAAUUUGCAGAUCAAGGCUCACCACAUCUGUUCAAAAAGAAUCUUGCUAGCAUGCUUAGCAAGUGCCGUCUUUUGGAGUGUCUGUGUCUUAAAAUUAGAGGGACAGAAGUUGAUGCAAAUGCGUUCCACUCCAUUGAAUGUUUUCUGCCUAGAACUCUUAAAAUUCUGAAAUUAAAGCCAGUGUUUGAGGAAAAUGCAAUCUGUCUGUCAAACAAACUAGGAGCUGGCGGAAAGUUUUCUGCAACAGAAGAUUUCAGCUUCCCUGACUCUCUAGCAUCAUAUGGUUUUGCAUUACAAAGUUUGUCGCUUGUCUUAGAUGUUAUAUCUGACAGGCUACUUAUGACUAUCACCAGCUCGUUUCCUCUUCUGGUAGAGCUGGAUCUUGAAGAUAGGCCAAACAAGGAACCAUCUCCGCACCUUGACUUGACCAAUAGCGGGCUGCAGUUGUUGGGCUCUUGCUAUCAUUUGACUGGACUCUCUCUUAUACGCAGUAGAAAGAACUACCAUGGAUCAUUUAAACAAAUAAAUGAUGUGGGCAUGUUUCUGCUUUCUGAGAGUUGCAAAGAUUUGCAGUCAGUGAGGCUUUGUGGUUUCUCUAGAGUUAGUGAUGCUGGCAUUGCAUCAUUGCUACAUUCCUGCCAGAAGUUAAAGAAAUUUGAAGUUCGUAAUGCCUUAUUUUUGUCAGACUUGGCCUUUCACAAUCUAACUGGAGUCUCAUGUUCCCUUGUUGAGGUGAGAUUACUGUCUUGCAACUUGAUAACCAGUGAAACUGUGAAGAAACUGGGCUCUUCUAGGAGCUUGGAGGUGCUAGAUCUGUGUGGCUGCAAGAGCAUAGCCGAUUCUUGCGUCAGCUCCAUUUCAUGUCUUAGAAGAUUAACAUCUUUGAAUCUUACUGGAGCUGAUAUUACAGAUGAUGGUUUAUCCAUUCUUGGUCACGGUAGUCCACCUAUCUCACAUUUGUGUCUUAGAGGCUGUAAGAGAGUAACCGACAAAGGAAUUUAUCUUUUGUUGUGCGGGGCAAUUGCACAGACAUUGGCAACACUUGAUUUAGGUUACAUGCCAAGAAUAUCAGACAAUGGCAUUUUUACAAUAGUUGCCGCUGGCAGAGAGAUUACUGAAUUAUGUAUUAGGUAUUGCUUUCAUGUGACUGAUUCUUCAUUGCAAGCACUUGGUACAAAGAGAAGCCUCCAAUAUGGGAAUAAGCAACUUCGGCAACUUGAUCUUUUCAAUUGCAUUGGAUUAUCUGCUGGUGCAGUAAGAUUGCUAAGGAAACCCUUAUUCAGUGGACUGCAUUGGGUUGGUAUUGGACAAACUCGAUUGGUAAAUAAGAGAGGUGCUAUUAUGACUGAAAUUUGCAAUGAACGGCCAUGGAUGACUGUGUGUUCUGAUGGUUGUGAAAUGGGAUGUCAUGAUGGGUGGCAGUUCCAUAGAUCAGAAAGCCUUUAAUUUUCUUUCAACUUCAUUAUUUACUGCAUUGAUGCAUUUUAUAUGACCUUCGGAUGACCAAGGCUGAAUGCGUGUGGGCACAUGGACACAAGGACAUGGAAGAUCUUGAGAACACUCUUUGUUUGAUUAUUCCUUGUGAAUUCUCUGUUAUUAAACCUGCAGGUACCACUUUGAUGCAUUGGUUUUCUUAAUCUUUUAAACUUUCCUAUCUCA